AUGAAGCGCCGUGGUCACCCGGAGGGUGGGUCCCUCCGGAAUCCUGAACUGACGGAGGAGCGGAGGAGGUGCGUGGGGACAGGAAGCCGCUUGGGCCGUGAGCUGGCCCAGCCGGGUGGACUCCUACCUGGACAGGCCUUCCCGCAAACCGGCCCGGCCCGCCGCCCCAGCCGGUCAGGACGCCCUCGUUCCCCCUGUCCGGAGCUCGAAGGUCACCCCGGGCAUCCCCGCCCGCCAACGGACACUCACUCCGUGCCGGCUCCAACAGUCACCCAGCAACCAAAGCUCCGCAACUGCCCCUGGAACGUCUCAUCCUCCCAAAAGAGGGGCGGCGCCCAGAGGAGUGACGGCGUGGAGGCUACUUCCGGUCUCUCGCCUCUCCUAUUGGCUGUUACUCCGAGACCGGAACUGCGUCUAUUCCGGGAACCAUUUUUCUUCAGGGCAGAAGGCGAGGUUUGUUGUGGGCAGGGACUCGUAACAGAAGCUUUGACUGCUUUUCCGUCCCACCUUGCAACUUCUCCCGUUCGUUUCUUCCUUCAAAGUUUUCAAAGCUCAGCGGAACCUUGGCGUGAAAAGAUGCCUAUGGUUGUCUUAGAGUGUGGGUUGCGAAGUUGGGAUGCGUGUGAAAGGUGAAGCCGAAGCGCCUACAUGGUACACAUCCCGGGAGAGCCUCCACAGCAUAUGUCCUUUCCAGAAUUAGCAAGUGAGAUUCUUUUGCAAGAGAAGCCACUUCAUCUCUGUGAAUGGCAGGUAUCUCAUCUGUAAAAUACUAAAAAAAUGCCUACUGUAUGGGUAAUGGGAAAGUGAGGGGGUUAGAACACUGAUGAACACUUGGAAGAGGUGCAUAAAUGAAUACUGUGGUUCUAUUGGAUAGGCGACUGUCAAUCAAAUACAAUGGGUGAGAUCAUUUCAACCUGUGCUUACUGUUAUGGGGUGGGGGAAAUCAGGGCAAUGGAAUAGAGUAUCUGAAGAAAAAGGAGGAAGGUGGCGGCGCUAACUUGGUGUUUCCUAAGAGGAUGUCAUUUCUCAUGGGUUUUUUUCCAGACCCUUACUGGGAAUAUCUUGAGGAAAAGUGCCCAAAGACUAAUUGAAAGGAUAGUGGUAAGAUGGAUGAAAUAAAGGACCAGCGUGGUGGUGGAGUGUAGGGGGAAAAAAAGGGAGAGAGAAAUAAAUGUUAGAAGGAAGGCAGGUGUAGAAUCAUAAAAACUAAAAAAAAAAUCAUAAAAACUAAAAACUAAGAUCAGAAGUAUGAAUUUUUUGAGGCAGCCCAGAUGGGCCUUAAACUUGGAAUUCUUCUGAAAUCUGCCAAAUGUUGGUUUUAUAAAUGUGUGUACACCACCACAUCCUGCAGAAAUUUGGUUUUGAUUAAGUGUGCUGGAAAACUUUUAGCCUGGAGAAUAAUAAAAGUUGAUAUUUUUUGUUU